AUGGAGCCAGGGCUUAUGAGAAAUGUUUUAGGGUUUAUAGAGCUUCCGAUGUGGAGGCGCUCGGAUCGCGGCGCGCGGACGCUCGCAUUGAGGUACUUCUGCUCGGAUUCCGGCCGCCAGGUGCUGCCCGGGCAGCGUUCGCAGGAAGUUCUUGCGGUUCUCUCGCGCCCGGAUUGGAUCCAGGGCCUGGAAUCCCUGAGGAAAUCGUCGCUGCCCGAGAAUGUGGUCUAUGAGGUGCUGCAAUCUGUCCAGGAAUGGCGCAAGGCAUUUGAUUUCUACCGGUGGGCGGGCUCGCGGCCACACUACACGCACAGUUUCAGAAAUCUUCGAACCACAGUCUCGUUUCUCUGCCGCGCGAUGAGGUAUCAAGAAGCGUACGAGCUUCUGAUGGAUGCUGCACGAUUGGGGCCCGAACCAGACCAGUUUCUCUGUAGCCUGGUGAUGCUGAGGCUCUCGGACAGCGGGCAAACAAUCCAGGCCUUUGAGCUUCUCAAGAAAAUGCGGAGCUUGGGAGUGGUUCCAGACACGAGAAUGCUCAACAUCAUGCUCAAGGGGCUCAAGGUUGACGAUGGUUUGUGGGUGCUGCGAGAGUUUUCUCACGCUGCGAGCUCCGUUUCGUGCAACAUCGUCAUGGACAAGCUCUCCAAGCAGACCCGGAUCGACGAGGCUCGCCAGCUCCUGCUAGAGAUGGAGGCCAAGGGGAUCAAAGGCGAUGGCUUCACUUACACUACUUUGGUCCAUGGAUACUGCCGGCUGGGACGACUCGACGACGCUUGCCAGGUUCUAGAGGGCAUGAGCUGCACUCCCUGCGCGUCUAUGUACAACGCGAUCAUCAAGACCCUUUGCGGAGUUCAGAGCUUCUCGCAAGCGUUUCUUUUGGUGGACGACAUGGCGGAGAAAGGCUGCAUUCCUACGGUGGUGACUUUCGGGAUCCUGGUGGACGGGCUGUGCAAGGCCAACAGGUUGACAGAUGCGUUCGAGCUCGUGGAAGUCAUGGCGGAGCGGGGGUGCUUUCCAAAUGCGCUGGUUUUCAAUGGGAUCAUGGACGCGCUUUGCAAGGAGGGACGGUCAGCAGAGGCGUAUGGUUACAUCGAGACCAUGAGAUCAAUGGGAGUUUCUCCGACCAUCGUCACGUACAACAUUUUGAUCGAUGGCUUCUGCAAGGAGGAGAAGCUUCACAGGGCCCUUGAGAUACUCCAGGAGAUGACCGGCAGAGGUCAUGAGCCCAACCACGUAACUUACAAUACGUUUUUGCACGGGCUGUGCAAGUAUGGAAAAGUUGACGAUGCUCUGGCGCUCUUUCGUGCCAUGACCGAGAAGAAGAUACGUCUGGACGUGUAUGGAUACACUACGCUGAUAGACGGGCUCUGCCAGGCAGGAAAGCUGGCCGAGGCUUACAGCCUCCUGGACGAGAUGGAAAACUCUGGCUGCGUUCCAAAGCCUGGCUGUUACAACGCGAUACUCUCCUGGCUCUGCAAGGGCAGCAGGAUAAACGAGGCUCACAAGCUCUUUAAGCGGAUGACAGGCUCGGGCAUCCUUCCCGACUGGGAGAGUUUCCGAGGCGUACAGGCUUCUCCAGGAGAUGAUUUCCAGAGGAUUAUCACCCAACAGCAGGACUUACGCACUGAUGAGGAAACAGCAGACUGA